AUGUAUAGGACAUGGAUGUACACUGCAAAAAAGACAGACAUCUAUUUUCGUGGAGAGCUUAACAAAUUCAUUCAAGUUGCCGAGAACCACACAAGAAAUGAGAAGACACAGCUGAUGCAUUGUCCAUGCUUUAACUGCCAGAAUUUGAGAGUAUUCAGCAACCCAACUACAAUCAGAUCGCAUGUGAUAGUGAGGGGUUUUGUCAAGGACUACAUGGUCUGGAAGCAACAUGGCGAGACUGAUGCUCCACCACCUCCGGCGAAUAAUCCACUGAGUCAAAUCGUAGAGGACGACGAUUUUGACAGAAUGGUUAGUUCUUAUUUUCAUGAUGGCAGAGAUGAUGAUGGUGUUAGUGGAUCCCAUGGUGAUGAUGGUGAUGCUGAUGAUGUUGCGGUUAGUGGAUCUCAUGGUGAUGAUGUCAAGUGUCCCAUGGAUGGUGAUAGUAGUGAUGAUGAACUUGAUGAUGGUGAUUUUCUCGGUCAGUUGUUCCGCCACACUAAAGCGGAGGUAUUGGUUGCUAGUGCCCGGGGGUUAGCAAACUUCGAGAUGGUGAAAAAAUCAGUUGAAGAACUUAUUUAUGACCGCUCGAAGGGAUGCCCGAAACAUUGGACCGUGCUUCGUUUCAUACUUGAGCUGUUGACUCUGAAGGCUAAGCAUAGUUGGUCAGAUGGUAGUUUCAAUGAUCUGCUGCAUAUCUUGGCUUGGUUACUUCCAAAGCCAAAUAAAGUGCUAGCCAACACAUACAGAGCAAAGAAUCUUGUCAGCCCGUUCACCAUGAGUGAUCCAACCAAUGUGAAUAAGGGGAAGGGGAAUGUGGCAAAGAAUAAUAGUGCUGCCUCCGUUGAACUAGAUGAUGCUACUUUAGUCAUUUCUGAGAAGCAGAGCAGAAUUCCAUCCAUGGUUAUGUGGUACCUCCCAGUUUCCUAUCGCCUUAGGUGUUUCUUCUCGAACCCAAAGGAUGCUGAGCUGAUGCGCUGGUGGGAUUCAGAUAAGCGCAAAAAGGGUGACGGAAAGCUCCGACAUCCAGAUGAUGCUCGACAGUGGAAAGUAUUCGAUGACAAGUACUAUCUGGAAUUUGGGAAUGACCCAAUAAAUGUUCAGUUCGCGUUGAGUAUGGAUGGAAUGAAUCCGUUUUGUGAAAAAAGUAGCACCCACAGCACAUGGCCAGUGAUACUGACAAUGUACAACCUGCCUACAUGGCUGUGCCAGAAGAGGAAGUAUCUGUUGCUAUCCGUGCUUAUACAGGGCCCCAAGUAUCCUGGCAUCGAUAUAGACAUUUUUCUUGAGCCUUUGAUGUAA